GAUCUCCCUUAGCGUUUGAACGGAGUGUCGGUCGAGCUAGAGGUCCUUCUGGACAGAGUCUCAAAGAAGCUCCCUGCUACAGAAAGCCCUACAAGAGAAACACACAGCACUUUUUGGAAACCUGUGAAGCCAAACUAUUAAAAUGGCAGAAAACAAGGACAGUAAUAUUAAAAAUGCAGAUGUGAGGCCCAAAAGCAGCCGGAGCAGAAGCGCAGACAGAAAAGAUGGUUAUGUCUGGAGUGGAAAGAAGCUCUCCUGGUCAAAAAAGAGUGAGCACUGCCCUGAUGCCGAGGUAGGAAGCGCUGCAGGAAGAUCAGGGGCCGGUUUAAGGAGUCAAGAGAGGAAGUUCAGCUGCUCCUCCGUUGAGCUGGAUCUUGAUCACUCAUGUGGACACAGGUUUUUAGGCCGCUCUCUCAAACAGAAGUUGCAGGACGCUGUGGGCCAGUGCUUUCCCAUAAAGAACUGCAGCAGCCGGCAUGGCUCUGGGCUCCCGUCGAAGAGGAAGAUCCAUAUCAGUGAGUUAAUGCUAGAUAAGUGUCCCUUCCCUCCGCGCUCGGAGCUGGCCUUUCGGUGGCACUUAAUUAAAAGACAUACGGCCCCUAUAAGUCAGAAAGCAGAAGAGUGGAUAAUUGCAGAUUUAUCCCAGAGCGAGGAGAAGGAGGAUCCACUGAGGGACAAUGAGGUUGCCGGUGCGGGAAUGGACUCUCCGUCCCCGUCCUGCGACCUGACCGACAGCAGCUCCUCCGGGGCUGAUUCCAGGGCCGAGCAGGUUCCAAGCAAAGCAGGACGGAGCAGUAAAGAYGAGAGCGAUAUGGACUCUGACGACGAUGUCGUUACCCUGUGCACGAGUUCCAGGAAAAGAAACAAGCCCAAGUGGGAGACCGAUGAUGAGCUACUGCGGAUGGAGACGCCUCCCAAAUACCACACGCAGAUCGAUUACGUCCAUUGCCUAGUCCCGGACCUCCUCCAGAUCAAUAACAACCCCUGCUACUGGGGAGUCAUGGAUAAAUACGCAGCCGAGGCCCUGCUCGAGGGCAAGCCAGAGGGAACGUUCCUACUACGAGAUUCUGCCCAAGAAGACUAUUUAUUUUCUGUGAGCUUCAGACGCUACAGUCGUUCUCUGCACGCGCGGAUAGAGCAGUGGAACCACAACUUCAGCUUCGAUGCCCACGACCCUUGUGUCUUCCAUUCCCCCGACAUCACGGGGCUCCUGGAGCACUAUAAAGACCCAAGCUCCUGUAUGUUCUUCGAACCGCUUUUAUCCACCCCCUUGAACAGGACUUUUCCUUUCUCCCUCCAACAUAUAUGCAGGACAGUUAUCUGCAACUGCACAACUUAUGAUGGUAUUGAUGCACUUCCUAUUCCUCCGUCAGUGAAGCUCUAUCUGAAGGAAUAUCAUUAUAAAUCAAAAGUUAGAGUACUCAGAAUUGAUGUACCAGACCAGCAAAGCUAGAAAUAUUUUUAUGAAAGAAUGAAAUUGUCUCUAGUAUGUCCAGUCUCCCCUCCCUUUUAGUUUUUUUUAAUGGCAGUUCGAUUUUCUUCUCUUGCAAACUAGCCUCUGCCUGAGGCAUCUUUUUCAUCCAAAUGUACUUUGAGUCUUCCCACCUCUCUUUCUAAGAAAUUAUAUUCAUUGUGGGCUUUUGGUACUGUUCCCAGUCUAGGGUUUUAUGGAAUUUCAGGUAGGCUUUCUGGUUAUUUCUAUAGAUGGGUAUUCUUUAGAUCUAAAAACCUUAAAAAUCAGUUUGGAACUUUAUCUGUCUUUUAUAUUGUAAUUUGCAUAUGUUGCUGACAUGUUGGAAAUAAUGCACUGUAACUAAAGAUUGACUCAUCUGUAUUUUCUGCAUUUCUUUUAAAAUGAGCGCUCARGCCUCUGUGUGUGUCUAAAAACAUCAUAAAUUCUUCAAUCUCUUUCUAAUUUUACUUUUCCUAGCAAAAAAUCUUGGAAGAGGAUAGGAUCUUUCUAUAAAUACAUCAGGAGACUAAACGCCAGGGAGGGGAAAAGCAGCUCAAGUCAGGGACCACGUUUAGCACAAGAACAAGCAUUAUAUAAACCGGUCAUGUUUUUAGGCUGGAUGGAGGGAGGGCUCAUUAUUCAUCAGAGCAACAAAGUUCUGGAACAGCUUUUCAUUUUGUGUAUCAGCAAUAAAAAGUAAACUACUUGUAACUGGCAUUUGAUCAGUGUGUGGAAGGGAUAAUGUGGCAUAGAUGAUUAUGAUGGAUGGGGUUUGGAUUUCAUACCUCGGGAUGUGCUUUCUAUGUUGGUUACUACUUCAUUACAUGAAAUACUUGGUUUUCACUAUAAGGGCUGCUUCUGAAAUAGUAAAGGAUGGGGUAGGGAGGUAGGAAAGAAGGUAUUUCCUUAAAAAUCUAGUACCAUUUGUAUGUAUUAAACCAUUUGAUCUUGCACUGUUGAUUCUGAAGUGAUGGAUGACUUUCUUACUUUGUAAGUAUAUAUUUUUAUUUUUUUUAACAAGUUCAUUUUAAAGAACAAAAGUCUGCAGAUUUGGCUUGCACUCGGUAGCAUUUGUUCAAGUUGCCUGCUUUCAGAUUCCAUGUGCAGGAAAACUGUGCAUGGAAAAUGCAUUACUUCUGUUACAUGGAUGGUCAGAUCUGCUGAAUUAUUGGUAAAAUCCCGCUGAGAAUGGACCUAGGAUGAGGCAUGAGGCUGUAGUGCUUUCCA